AUGCAUCUGUAUCACAUGCAGUGUGUCCAGGCAUUGCAACCGGAUGAUUAUGCACCUCAUAUUGCUUUCGCACAAAGGUACCUUGGAAAGUGUGCUACAGAUCCCAGUUUCCCUGCUAAAGUGUUAUUUACCGAUGAGGCAUCCUUCACAAGGAAAGAAAUACUCAACACUCAUAACGCCCAUUUCUGGAUGGAGGAGAACCCGCAUACAAUACAACAUCGUGCAGAACAGAGUCGGUUUUCGGUUAAUGUUAGGGCCGGUAUUGUGGGGGAUCACCUCAUUGGACCUUACCUGUUGCCACUUAGUAUAACUGGAAGUAACUACUUGAUCUUUCUGCAGCAAGUAUUACCACAACUUUUGGGUGACAAACAGAUUUCUGCAUCAACACAACAAAUAAUGUGGUUCCAACAUGAUGGAGCCCUGUCCAUUUCAGCUGUAGUGUUUGGUAUGUUCAUUAAGUCGAAUGAGUUAAACGCAUUAGUAACAAAUCAGUCGAAAAGUAGUAGUCUCGCUCAGUGCGCAUGCUCUGCGGUGAUGACGUUUCGAACAAAACUCUAA